AGCAGCCAUGCCCCGUUUUCAAUACUCUCUGUUUUGUUUGGUUCUACUUGGAUUUAUUCUUCACGCAAAUGCCUUAAAACUAGCCGAAAGAGCCGCGGAUGACGAGCCUCAUCCUUACUGCAUAUUGGGGCCAGACCAAGAAGGUGUGUCAAAGUUUCAACUAGGACCAGGAGGCACCGAAUAUCGUAUAUGUCGGAGAGGCCACUUCUUUAACUUUAAUCCAGGACCUUUGGGACCAAUAGGAUGCACGACAUGUCCACGAAACACCCAUUACAUGGACAGCAGGAACUACUGCCCACAAUGCAAACAGUGCACAGUCUGCGGUGACAAUGAAAAGGAGAUCGUAUCCUGUACCCCAUAUCGCAACAGAAUUUGUGAGCCAACGAUCAUCAUUCCAUCCAACGUUACAGUUGAAAAUCAAUAUGAUUUUACAACCAUGGAUUCGACAACUGCACUGGCAGAUGCUACAUUAACAUCUACAACACCGCCAACUUGCCCUCCAUGUGUUUCACGAGCACCAACCAACAAUUCUUCUUCAACAACAUCGGUAACAAGAAAAGAGGAUGAAUUGACACAACAAAACCAGUGUAUAGACCAAAAUAUUGUGAUAGUGUCCACAUUUUGUGGUGUAUUUGGACUAAUUGCAGUGAUUGAGUUUGUGUUGAUUCUAUACUGCAAACGGAGAAAAAAACAGGAAGGAAACAAUCCAAACAAUGGCCCUGCGGAUGCAUACAGGAGAGUACCACCAGGAGAUAUCUGUCUUCAGAAUUUGUAAUCAAAGUGGCAUCAUGGAAUGGAAGUAAACACCGCAAGAAGUUUCAGCCAAACAAGAUGAGAGCAGAGUUUAUAAAAUGUUUAUGCAAUAUGUUAUGUUUCGCUUAGCAUAUUAAAUAGUUAUAUUGAAGCACCAAUUAAAGACCAUACCGAGGCUGAAUCGGAUUACUUUGAACACGUAGCAGGGUAUUUUGAUUUGAAAAUUUAUUAUCAUAAAUUUAUUAUUAUCAUGCAAGAGCAAACACUCUCGCUUUUCAAACGGCUCUUGUCUACAGGUUUUGGUAAUAAUUUGCACUCAUUUAGAUUCAUGCUUUGUAAUAUGCCUGUGGGAUGUUUAUCAGCUCGGAGAACACUUAUAUGUGAUUAUGGAAAACAAAAUUUUCGAAGCUAUACAUGCCUGGAUAAAGUGUGUGAUGCAGGCACAGAAUGUCAUAUGGUAUAUUUUCACGACUAUAAAUUAUUUCUUAUUUAUUCUACAGAGCUUUCUAUUUUGGCAAUUUAUGAAAAAAUAGUGGAGAGGCUACACGUACCAUAGGCAUUAUGUAAAAUUAUGCUGCAUUAAACCAGACUUCUGAGUUCUCCUCUCCACCAGACAAAGCCUUAAUCUCAAUUGUGGAACAUUUAAGCAAUAAUUCAAUCUUUUGCACACGGAUUCAUUUGAGGUUGCAUUUUGUACAUUUUGUUCGUGUCUCCAUUGAAGUGCCACGAUGCAGCACAGAGGGACAUUACAGAGUGUUUGGAACGUUACAAUAUUUCAACAACGAAUGCCAUUGAUGAAAAUCAAUCACUUAAGGACUUUUACCGUGAAUAAAAUCCAGUUGUCUGUUUACGA